GGAAAAACAAGUCAUCGUUGAACUCGUACAAACAACGUCCUCGAGAUCAGUAAAAAAGGCAGCCGAGCCGAACUAUAAAAGCACACAAAGAAAGAAAAAAUGAAACAACAACAACAACGAUUAAGCCCUAGCUUAUCUGAGUAGCUAUUCCUUUUCUUUUUUAUCUUUGAAAUUCCAAAAAGAACAUAAACGAAUCAUAGAAAAGAUUAUUUUAAAAAAAAAAUUUAUUAUUCAGAAAAGAGACUGUUAUUAUUAUGAAAUCGUGAUCGAUACUAUUUUUUUUUUCCUUUUUUGGUUCAUGGCUAGACACGAUAACUUUCCCGAGAAACAAACAUGGGGUACGUGGGAGGAGCUUUUACUUGCCUGCGCCGUUCAUCGUUACGGCAGCGACAGUUGGGACUCUGUUGCUAUGGAACUCCAGAAACGAACUUCCACGCUCCAGCACCUUUUCGUUACUCCUCUGGCUUGUCAACAGAAGUUUGAAGACCUUAAACGCCGUUUCUCUGAAAACGACGUCGGAGGAUGCGAUGCAAAAACUACUAAUAACAACAUCUCCACCGCCGCCGUUCCUUGGCUUGAUCAGCUCCGAAAGCUCCGCGUUGCUGAACUCCGUCGCGAAGUUCAACAAUAUGACCUCUCCAUCGUGUCGUUGCAAUUGAAGGUUCAGAGAUUGAAAGAAGAGAGAGAACAUAGCUUAAGAGAGAACGGAAAAGUAACUGAAAAAUUGGAUCUGGAGAGAGAGAAGGAAAGUGAGAAAAAGGACGAAGAAAUCGAACCGGUGGAUCAAACCCGAAAACCGGUUCACGGCGGGGAAGAGUCCGACCGGGAGAAUCGUUCAGUAAACGAGUCGAAUUCUACAGAUCCGAAGGAUGAGAGUCCAGAAACCGGGCCAGAGGAAGCGAAGGUUGAACCGGAACCGGUCGAGCCGGAAGUAUGUGAAAAGGCGAAGGUGGAGAACGACAAGCCAGCAGGAGAGGAUUCGUGCAACGGGAGCUGUGAUAGUGUGGCGAAGCAAUCGGCUGAAAACUCGGAGCGAGUUGACCCGAGGGGGGAACCUGGUGACUCGCCCGAGUCAGUGGCCGAAUCAAAGGGUGACGAACCUAUUAGAGAGAGCAGCGAUGUACAGAGCUCGGCGAGCUUGUCCGGCAAGGAAAAGAAAAUUGCUGAACCGGGUGAACCGGACGAACCGGAUAACGAGGAAUUGGACCAAUCUCCCGCCAUCAAGGAGGUGUCAAUUGAAUCUCAGCCGUUGGUUGAGUUCCUCGAGAUCCUCCGGUCUCAUACGCUCGGCUCCCUCUUCGAGCGCCGACUCGAAAGCCAGGAAACACCAGAUUACCUGAACUUGAUUCGGCAACAUCUUGACUUUGAGUCCAUCCGCAUGAGGCUUGAAGAAGGUUGGUAUUCAGGAUGGAAAAUCAAGUUCUUUAGAGACCUGCUGUUGCUUUUAAACAAUGCCAUUGUUUUCUUUGGCAAGAAGUCCCCACAAUACAUGGCUGCUAUUGAGUUUCGACAACUUGUUUCAAAGGAGAUUGCUGCCCAAGCUCCUAAUUCAAACGUAUUGCCCAAAGAAAAAUCGUCCACGCUGCCUGAAUCCCAGAUGCCUUUGAAUCCAGAACCUGAACCAUCCCUUCCCUUGUCAAUGAAACCUAAAUUAUCAGUUCCAUUGAUUGCAUGUCGCAAACGCAGCUCAAUUACUGCAAAAGCAUCAACAUCAUCUUCUGGACAAGAGAAAAAAAGGCAGCCAAUAGCUUCAUUGAUGAAUGAAAAACCAGCUCUAGAUUGGAAGCAACAAGAUAAAUCGUCUGAGAAGGCCGAGGAAAGUCCUGUAACAAAGAAGAGAACAAGAGAAAGAUCUGCCGCCUCAGGUGCAAGAAAAGCCAACAAAAAUGUCAAGACUCGUAAUAACACAAACACAACAAAAAAUUCUGAUACCAAUAGUCAUGCUGCCAUUUCAAGCAAAGGUGGAUCGUCAAAUGAGAAUUCGGAAUCCAAGGGUGAGAUGGAGAAGACCAACACUAAUGUCAGUUCAAAGAAGCGAAGUGCGGCAAAUUUCCUGAAUAGGAUGAGGAGCUCCUCAUCCAAUAAUGGGCCACUAAUAGAGACACUAAAGGGCGUGAUUAGUUCUGAUAAUGGUAAAGUAGAUGCAGGUGAGCAAAAGAAGAACAGCAGUAGUAAAGCUGAUCAACGGAAGGAUCAAAUAUCAGCUCCUCGGACUCGUUCUGGUGGAAAAAAAGCAAAAGAGAGGGGAAGUCCGGCAAAGAGGAGUACGGGACGACCACCAAAAAGAGCCGCAGCACCAUCCCCUGCUACCCCCUCUGUUACUGCUAAGCGGGGAAGGGAAGUUGUUGAGAACGAUUCCGGCACUGGACAGGCAAAGAAGCGUUCAAGAAAAUGAAGGGUGUUUCCUGUAUUUUUUUAAAAAUAUUUUUGUAAGAUUGUUCAGCGCCUUGUAGCAAAUUGUGUUAGGCAGUUAAAUUAUAUUUUCUUCUACCAA